CACUCUAUACAUUUCUCGUCGGGUUUGCUAAACGAAUAUCGUGAAAUGGCGUCACUAGCACGGUUAUCCAGAAAAUGUCUAACGUCGUCGGUCGCCUCCCACCGCCACCUGGUCAGCCGCGCUCUCGCCACCGCAGCGGCGGUGAAGGCAACUGAAUCAUCGCCGGCGGCGGCAGAGAAGAUAAUCGAAUGUCCGGAUCGAGUGAAGUGGGACUAUAGAGGGCAGAGGAAGAUCAUUCCCCUAGGUCAGUGGCUCCCGAAGAUCGCUGUCGACGCUUAUGUUGCCCCCAACGUUGUAUUGGCUGGCCAGGUCAACGUUCUUGACGGAUCGUCCGUUUGGAACGGCGCGGUUCUCCGGGGAGACCUUAACAAGAUCACUGUUGGGUUCUGCUCCAAUGUUCAGGAAAAGUGUGUUGUUCAUGCCGCUUGGUCUUCUCCGACAGGAUUACCAGCAGAGACUAUGAUCGAAAGAUUUGUGACAGUUGGAGCCUACUGUCUAUUGAGGUCUUGCCACAUCGAGCCAGAGUGCAUAAUUGGGCAGCAUUCAAUACUGAUGGAAGGGUCUUUGGUUGAGACCCAUUCUAUUCUGGAAGCUGGAUCUGUAGUCCCUCCAGGAAGGAGAAUUCCAACUGGGGAAUUAUGGGCUGGUAAUCCGGCAAGAUUUGUGAGGAAACUGACUCAUGAAGAAACCGUAGAGAUCCCAAAACUUGCAGUUGCGGUUAAUGACCUGAGCAAAGAAUAUUUCAAUGAGUUCUUGCCAUAUUCAACAGUAUACUUGGAGGUUGAGAAGAUGAUGAAGUCUCAUGGGAUUUCAAUUUGAAAAGUGAAGUCCUUUUUUUUAUGAGAUAUGUUUUUGUAUCAGCUUUUCCUUGAAUUGAAAGGGAGAAAUAAAGGAGACGAGGGUGGUUGAGUUUUUUGCUUGUGUUAUGUAUCUUGAUUUCAAAGGCCAGUGAGGGAACUGGUUUCUGACUCCUGUGACUCACUUCCAUUCAUGUGAAACUCCCUUGUGUAUCGUAGGGCAUGAAAUCAAGUAUCAUAAAUGCAUUCAUAGUUGUAUUGUACUUAACAUCUCAUCAACAUCAAUUAAGAUAUACUGACAGGCAACGAAAAUUAUGCCCUCAGUUUAAUCUGGAUUGAAAA